AAAUUGUUGUAAUAUUGUUUUAUAACAAUUGUUAAAAUAACGUUUAAAAUGACUGAAGCAGAGAACAAUUCAGAGAAUGAAAAGAAACGCAUUAUGGAAGAGUAUGCAGAAUGGAAAAAGAAUGCACCUCUUUUAUAUGACAUGGUAAUUACACAUAAUUUAACAUGGCCAACAUUAACUUGUCAAUGGUUACCAAAAAAAGAAGUUGAAAAUGAAUAUAUCAAACAAGAAAUGCUGAUAGGAACACAUACAAACGACGAAGAGGAUAACUUUGUUCAAUAUUUAAAUAUAGACAUUCCUGAAAAGGGAUUCAAUACACCACCGGAAGAAAAGAAGACAAAGGUGUAUAUUACACAAAAAAUACAUCAUGAGGGAGAAGUGAAUAGAGCGCGCUAUCAGCCUUCAGAACCUAAUUUGAUUGCAACAAAGACACGCGAUGGAGAUGUUCUCAUAUUUGACCGUAUGAAAUCCAAAGUUGAUGAAGGAACAUGUGAUCCUUUAUUAAGAUUAAAAGGGCAUACAAUGGAAGGUUAUGGCUUAGCUUGGAAUCCACAUCUUUCGAAAAAAAAUCAUUUAUUAAGUGCUGGAUUUGAUAAUUUAAUCUGUCAUUGGGAUAUUAGUUUAAUACCAAAUCAAGAUAGAGAAUUACAACCGUAUCAAAGAUAUGAAGGUCAUACAGGCUGUGUAGAGGAUGUUAGUUGGAAUAUGGCUAAUAAUUCGAUAUUUGCUUCUGUAGCUGAUGAUAUGAAAUUAAUGAUCUGGGAUACUCGCCAUCCAGUUAAGCCAGUUCAACAAGUAAAAGCACAUAAUAAUGAAAUUAACUCUGUAGCUUUUCAUCCUAAAAAAGAUUGGAUGCUGGCUACAGGUAGUUCAGAUAAGACUGUAGGAUUGUUUGAUAUUCGUAAAUUAAAUACAAAAUUAUAUUCUAUGGAAACACAUGAGGGAGAAGUAACACAAGUUGCUUGGAGCUCCCAUGAAGAUCCUAUCAUUGCAUCAGCAGGUACAGAUCGUAAAAUUAUUAUUUGGGAUUUGAGAUGCAUAGGUCAAGAACAAACUCCCGAGGAUGCUGAAGAUGGACCACCAGAAAUCAUGUUUAUUCAUAAUGGACAUACAAGUCGAAUUUCUGAUUUUAGUUGGAAUCCUAGUGAUAAGUGGGUUAUUUCAAGUGUAGCAGAAGAUAAUGUAGUUCAAAUUUGGCAAAUGUCAAGUCAUAUUUAUGCAACAAACACGGAUAAUUCACAAAUCAUGCCAUAUCAAUUAGAAUAAAUAAUAAAUUUAAUCUCAGAAUCAGUUAAAUAUUUCAUUAUUUGGCUUGCGUCUUCCAUCCUGUAUAAUAAUAUAAACGUGUCGUCAUAGGGUUUUCCAUAUAAGGUUAUAAUUUUUUUAAUAUUAAAUGCCCGGUAUAAAUGGUAACAAAUUAUAUUGAUAAAGCACGAAAUUUUUGAAGAAAUUUCUUUGGUUGUCAUAACAUAUAAAAAUUAUUUCGUUAUUAUUAUCCAAUCAAAAUUAUAAAUCGUUCU